AUGGUUUCCAAUUUGUUAUCCUUACUAAUGUUGUUCCUUGCUGCUCUUAUCCUUGUUCCACAAGGACUUGCUGAUGUAAGCUCACAAAUCUCCAAGACACCAAUUCCUAAACCACCUAAUUACAACAAAAAAGGAGCAAUUUAUGAAUCCCACAUUUCUUGGUUAAGAUUCAAUCCCGUCUCCAAGUAUAUUCCCAAGGGCAGCCUCCCUCCAGUAGCUUCUGGCCCCACUACACCACCAACUCAUACUCCUAAACCUAAACAUAACCCCACUCCACCAACUCCUAAACGUAACCCCGAACCAUCAACUUCUAACCGUAACUCCAAACCACCAACUCCUAAACGUACAUCUCGUAAAAGACCUUUUAAGUAA